GGACGGGCUCCUCUUUCUAGGGACCAAUCUGCGCUGGUCAAAUCUCUUUCCGUCUGUAUUCCUCGUCCGCCAACGUGGCUGAAUAGAACAUCCUUUGCUGUGCUGUGAUUGAUUUCGCCGAUUGCUGGUUUCUCUCUCCCCUAUGCUUCUGAUUCUGCCUUCUAGGUAUCAAAAGAACCAACGGUAAUGGCGGUUUAGGUGCUUCUGUAGUUAGGGUUUUGGUAAAUUUCCCGAGAAGAAAUGAAAGGAGGCAGUGCUGCGAAGCUGAUCGUUGAUGCGCUUCUGCAGCGGUUUCUCCCACUUGCUCGGCGCCGUAUCGAAACGGCUCAAGCUCAGGAUGGGCAAUACCUUCGACCAUCAGACCCUGCUUAUGAGCAGGUAUUGGAUUCCCUAGCUAUGAUUGCCCGGCAUACUCCAGUUCCUCUCCUAGAGGCUCUUCUUAGAUGGAGGGAGAGCGAAUCUCCUAAAGGUGCAAAUGAUGCAUCUACAUUCCAAAAAAAGCUAGCUGUGGAGUGUAUUUUCUGCUCAGCGUGUAUACGAUUUGUGGAGUGCUGCCCACAGGAGGGACUUACAGAGAAGCUGUGGUCAGGGCUUGAGAAUUUUGUGUUCGAUUGGUUAAUUAAUGCUGACAGAGUUGUUAGUCAGGUUGAAUAUCCCUCAUUGGUUGAUUUGCGUGGCCUUCUCUUGGAUCUGGUUGCUCAACUCCUUGGUGCCUUAUCUCGGAUCAGGUUUAGCUCAGUAACUGAGCGCUUUUUCAUGGAGCUAAAUACACGUCGGAUUGACACUAGUAUGGCCCGAAGCGAAACACUCAGUAUUGUCAACGGAAUGCGAUACUUGAAGCUUGGGGUUAAGACUGAGGGGGGCCUAAAUGCAUCAGCUUCUUUUGUGGCCAAAGCAAAUCCUUUGAACCGUGCUCCACACAAGCGCAAAAGUGAGCUCUACCAUGCACUCUGUAAUAUGCUCUCGAACAUCCUAGCUCCACUGGCAGAUGGUGGAAGAAACCAAUGGCCACCAUCAGGGGUACACAAUGCACUUGCUCUAUGGUAUGAGGCUGUUGGUCGAAUAAGGAUGCAACUUAUACAUUGGAUGGACAAGCAAAGCAAGCAUAUAGCUGUUGGCUACCCGCUUGUUACCCUUCUUCUCUGUCUCGGUGAUCCUCAAAUAUUUCACAGCAACCUAAGCCCACACAUGGAGCAACUUUACAAGCUUUUAAAGGACAAGAAUCAUCGUUUCAUGGCUCUGGACUGCCUUCAUCGAGUUCUGAGGUUUUACUUGAGUGUUCAUGCAGCUAGUCAGCCCCCGAACCGUAUAUGGGACUACCUUGACAGCGUAACUUCACAGCUGUUAGCUGCUGUAAGGAAAGGAACUCUUACGCAAGAUGUACAACAUGAUAAACUUGUUGAGUUCUGUGUAACGAUUGCGGAGCAUAACCUUGAUUUUGCCAUGAACCAUAUGAUAUUAGAGUUGCUAAAACAGGAUAGUAGUCCAAGCGAGGCAAAAGUUAUUGGUCUUCGUGCUUUGCUUGAUAUUGUCAUGUCACCUUCAAGUCCAUAUGUUGGCUUGGAAAUUUUUAAAGGACAGGAUAUUGGCCACUACAUACCCAAAGUGAGGGCAGCGAUUGAGUCAAUUUUGAGAUCUUGUCAUAGAGUUUACAGUCAGGCACUUUUGACUUCUUCAAAAACCACCAUAGGUAAGAUAUUUUUCCAAGUUUAUGAAGGAUUAAGGGCAAGAAUCACGCUCUUAUGAAUUCUCUCCCUGCCUAGACGUGGAUAGGAAGAGUAUAAGUAGCAUGUUAAUUAUAAGUCAGGUCAAGUGCUUCGACUAGUCUAUUUCUUGCGGUCAUAUGCGUUAGAAAUUCCACUGUCAUAUGUUAUUCUAUCCAUGCUUACUUGAAUCUUGUGCUUAAUCAGAUGCUGUAACGAAGGAGAAGUCCCAAGGGUACCUCUUUCGUUCUGUAUUGAAGUGUAUACCCUAUUUGAUAGAAGAAGUUGGUCGAAGUGAUAAGAUCUCUGAAAUCAUUCCCCAACAUGGAAUAAGUAUUGAUCCUGGUGUCCGAGAAGAGGCUGUACUGGUAUUGAACCGGAUUGUUAAGUACCUUCCUCAUCGCCGAUUUGCUGUAAUGAGAGGAAUGGCGAAUUUUAUCCUUCGGCUUCCAGAUGAAUUCCCUCUUCUCAUUCAGACGUCAUUGGGACGUUUGUUGGAUCUCAUGCGUUUUUGGAGAGCUUGUUUGAUUGAGGAUAGAUUAGAUAUAUCAGCUGCUGAUGAUACGAAGCGAGUGCCGCAGAGAAAUGCAGGAUUUAAAAAAUCUUCUUUCCAUCCGACUGAAGUGAUUGACUUUCAUGCAUCAGACAUAGAUGCUGUUGGAUUGAUCUUUCUUAGUUCUGUAGAUAGCCAGAUUAGACAUACAGCACUGGAGCUACUGCGUUGUGUUCGGGCCUUGUGGAAUGAUAUAGCAGACCUAACAGUGUACACGCAGCUGGAUCACAACUUGAGAACCGAACCAAUAUUUGUUAUUGAUGUCCUAGAAGAACAUGGGGACGACAUAGUUCAGAGCUGUUAUUGGGAUUCUGGGCGUCCAUUUGAUCUGAGACGAGAGUCUGAUGCAAUUCCUCCUGACGUGACUCUACACUCUAUUAUUUUUGAGAGCCCGGACAAAAAUAGGUGGGCCAGGUGUCUAAGUGAACUAGUUAAAUAUGCUGCUGAGCUUUGCCCAAGCUCUGUUCAAGAAGCAAAGGCGGAGGUAGUUCAACGCCUUGCCCAUAUUACUCCGACUGAUUUAGGUGGCAAGGCUCAGUCGCUAGAUGGAGACAACAAGCUUGACCAGUGGCUCAUGUAUGCAAUGUUUGCAUGCUCUUGUCCCCCAGAUAGUAAAGAAUCUGGUGGCUUUCAAGCGGUGAAAGAUCUAUACCAUCUUAUUUGCCCGUCAUUAAGAUCUGGUUCUGAAGCGAAUAUACAUGCAGCUACAAUGGCUCUUGGGCGCUCACAUUUGGAAGCAUGUGAAAUCAUGUUCAGUGAGCUCUCAUCUUUUGUUGACGAGGUUUCUCUGGAGACCGAGGCAAAACCAAAGUGGAAGAGUCAAAAAUCACGCAGGGAAGAACUCCGUCUACACAUUGCAAAUAUUUACCGCACUGUUGCUGAAAACAUCUGGCCUGGAAUGCUUAGUCGCAAACCUGUUUUCCGUCUUCAUUACCUGAGGUUCAUCGAUGACACAACCAGACAGAUCCUAACAGCCCCCACUGAGAACUUUCAGGAAAUGCAGCCUCUUCGGUAUACUCUUGCAUCUGUUAUAAGAUUCCUUGCCCCUGAAUUUGUUGACUCAAAAUCAGAGAAAUUCGACCUCAGAACCAGAAAGCGGCUGUUUGAUCUUCUCCUGUCCUGGAGUGACGACACUGGUAGUUCGUGGGUGCAAGAUGGCGCUGGUGAUUACCGACGUGAAGUUGAACGGUACAAGUCUUCCCAACAUUACAGGUCAAAAGACUCGGUUGACAAAAUUUCAUUCGAUAAAGAUUUGAGUGAGCAGAUCGAGGCAAUCCAGUGGGCCUCCAUGAAUGCUAUGGCUUCACUCUUAUAUGGACCUUGUUUUGAUGACAAUGCACGGAAAAUGAGUGGUCGGGUUAUAUCUUGGAUCAACAGUUUGUUUAAUGAUCCUGCACCACGUGCUCCAUUUGGUUACUCUCCAACUCCGUCUCACUCCAAAUACACAGGGGAAAGUACACGUGGAGUUGCUGGUCGUGAUAGACACAGAGGCAGCCAUCAUCGCGUUGUGCUGGCAAAAUUAGCUUUGAAGAAUCUUCUUCUUACGAAUUUGGAUCUCUUCCCGGCUUGCAUUGACCAGUGCUAUUACUCUGAUGCUGCUAUUGCCGAUGGCUACUUCAGUGUUCUAGCUGAGGUCUAUAUGCGCCAAGAGAUACCAAAAUGCGAAAUACAGAGGCUUCUGAGCCUGAUCCUCUACAAAGUGGUGGACCCAAAUAGGCAGAUUCGUGACGACGCCCUUCAGAUGCUGGAGACACUUUCUAUUCGCGAGUGGGCUGAGGAUGGGAUGGAAGGUUGUGGGGGGUAUCGAGCCGCUGUUGUGGGCAAUCUCCCUGACUCUUACCAACAAUUCCAGUAUAAGCUUUCAUGCAAACUAGCCAAAGACCAUCCAGAACUAAGCCAGCUUCUUUGUGAGGAGAUAAUGCAGAGGCAACUUGAUGCUGUCGACAUUAUUGCACAGCAUCAGGUGUUAACCUGCAUGGCCCCAUGGAUCGAAAACCUCAAUUUCUGGAAACUCAAGGACUCAGGGUGGAGCGAGAGAUUACUAAAGAGCCUUUAUUACGUCACGUGGCGUCAUGGAGAUCAGUUUCCAGAUGAAAUCGAGAAACUGUGGAGCACAAUUGCUAGCAAAGCCAGGAACAUCAGUCCAGUUUUGGAUUUCUUGAUCACAAAAGGGAUUGAAGAUUGUGACUCCAAUGCAUCUGCAGAAAUAAGUGGUGCGUUCGCCACAUAUUUCUCAGUCGCAAAGAGGGUGAGCUUAUAUUUAGCCCGGAUAUGCCCACAGCGUACGAUCGAUCACUUGGUUUACCAACUUGCUCAGCGAAUGUCAGAAGACAGCCUCGAACAAGUCAGUCCGGGUGUGACAACUAAGGGUGAUCCAAGUGGAAGCUUCGUCUUGGAAUUCUCUCAAGGCCCUGCAGCUGUCCAAAUUGGUGCUGUUGUCGAUACCCAGCCGCACAUGUCACCUUUGCUCGUCCGGGGUUCCCUCGAUGGGCCCCUCAGAAACAGCAGUGGAAGUCUGAGCUGGCGGACAUCUGGUGUAACCGGGCGUAGCGUCUCAGGUCCCCUCAGUCCAAUGCCUCCAGAACUAAAUGUCGUCCCAGUGACAGCUGGCCGAUCAGGACAGCUUCUUCCAGCACUAGUGAACAUGUCAGGUCCAUUGAUGGGAGUUAGAAGCUCUACAGGAAGUUUGCGUAGUCGGCAUGUAUCUCGAGACAGUGGAGAUUACCUCAUUGACACUCCAAACUCCGGUGAAGACGGCUUGCAUCCUUUUGCCAUCGGCAUGCAUGGCGUCAAUGCCAAAGAGCUUCAGUCAGCACUACAAGGCCAUCAACAGCAUUCCCUUACUCAUGCAGAUAUAGCACUGAUUCUCCUCGCUGAAAUUGCUUACGAGAACGACGAAGAUUUCCGCGAGCACUUGCCUCUGCUGUUCCAUGUCACGUUUGUCUCCAUGGACAGUUCGGAAGACAUCGUGCUGGAACACUGCCAGCACUUGCUUGUCAAUUUGCUCUACUCGCUCGCCGGCAGACAUCUGGAAUUGUAUGAAGUGGAAAAUAGCGAUGGAGAGAACAAACAGCAGGUGGUCAGUCUAAUCAAGUAUGUACAAUCGAAGCGAGGAAGCAUGAUGUGGGAGAAUGAGGACCCCACAGUUGUUCGACCAUCUCUCCCGAGUGCAGCACUUCUAUCGGCACUAGUACAGAGCAUGGUCGAUGCUAUCUUCUUCCAAGGAGAUCUCCGUGAGACUUGGGGUGCUGAAGCUCUCAAGUGGGCCAUGGAGUGCACAUCGAGACACUUGGCUUGCCGGUCCCACCAGAUCUAUCGUGCCCUCCGACCCAGCGUAACGAGUGACACGUGUGUCUCCCUCCUCAGAUGUCUUCACAGAUGUCUUGCUAACCCUGUUCCCCCGGUCUUAGGAUUCAUAAUGGAAAUCUUGCUUACUCUUCAAGUAAUGGUGGAGAAUAUGGAACCAGAGAAGGUCAUACUCUACCCUCAACUGUUCUGGGGCUGUGUUGCAAUGAUGCACACGGACUUCGUUCAUGUCUACUGCCAGGUCCUUGAGCUCUUCUCUCGAGUCAUCGACAGGUUAUCUUUCCGUGACCGGACUAACGAGAAUGUCCUCCUUUCCAGCAUGCCUCGUGACGAGCUGGACACCAGCGGAGGUGAUAUAAAUGGUGAUUUCCAACGAAUGGAAUCAUCAUCAUCAAUUGGGACCCUCCCAACAUUCGAAGGUGUGCAGCCUCUUGUCCUCAAAGGUCUGAUGUCAACGGUUAGCCAUGAUACCUCCAUCGAGGUCCUGUCGAGGAUUACAGUUCACUCCUGUGAUUCCAUAUUUGGGGAUGGAGAGACUCGGCUUCUCAUGCACAUCACUGGCUUGCUCCCAUGGCUCUGCUUGCAGCUCAACAAAGACACAACAAAAGCGUGCUCGGUAGCAAACAACAUUGCUGUGUGGUGUCGAGCCAAGUCACAGGACGAGCUGGGGACGGUGUUCGUGGCCUACGCCCGAGGAGAGAUUCGGAGCAUUGAGAAUCUCCUCGGCUGCGUGUCGCCAUUGUUAUGCGCAGAGUGGUUUCCGAAGCACUCAGCGUUGGCGUUCGGGCACUUGCUUCGGCUGCUGGAGAGAGGGCCAGUGGAGUUCCAGAGGGUCAUACUGCUCAUGCUCAAGGCUUUGCUGCAGCACACUCCAAUGGAUGCUUCGCAGAGCUCGCAUAUGUACGCGAUCGUGUCCCAGCUUGUUGAGAGCACCCUUUGCUGGGAGGCACUUAGCGUGUUGGAGGCUCUUCUACAGAGCUGCAGUAACUUACCUGGCGGUGCUGGGUCCCAUCUGCACGAAGCUGGUGCCGGAGAGAAUGGUGGUGAUUUUGGUUUGGCAGGGGUUCAGACUUCGUUCAAGGCUCGGAGUGGGCCACUGCAGUACGGUAUGGGUUCGGGAUUGUUUGCAGCGGCAGGAGUUUCGCCAUGGGGUAGUCAAGGCGGAGGUGGAGGUGUUGAGACGGGGAUUCCAGCGAGGGAGGUCGCUCUACAGAACACGCGGCUGAUACUUGGGAGGGUGCUGGAUAAUUGUGCGCUAGGGAGGAGACGGGACUACAAACGGCUGGUUCCAUUUGUAAACAACAUCGGCUCAUGAAGGAAAAAAUGAGCAGCAGGCUACUGUGCCAAGAGUAUAUGGUGUCUACUUUUAACCUUUAUUCAUUACUGUUGCGUGUAAAUGUAAUUAUAUUAGUUGGGGAAAGAAGGCGAGGCCGUGGAUUUGUUCUUGUACAUAGGCCUUCUGGGUGGAAAGCUGGGGGGAUGGAGAUGCAAUGCUGUGGCAAACGUCAGUGUACAUUGUCAUUGUCGACAGCAACUGAAAAUAUUAUUUGUACACGGUACUCGUUCUAAGUUUGUUUUGGUCUCUACUACUGUAAAGCUUCAUCCUCUUCCUAUUCGAUUUUGUUUUGCCCGUCAAACUGCAAGUAGAUUUCCCCGUCUUUCGAUUUCAUUGAAGUUGCUAAAACUCAUCACUGAGUUGCACUGUUUCCUUACAACUGGAUACUAGAUUCUUAUUUUCUCCGAAACGUUGAUGCUGUAGAGU